AUGAAUUAUAGACGAAGACAAAAAGAUCCUACAAAUUUCACGAAAUAUCUAUUCCACCAAAGGGGUUUAGCAGAGGUUUUUGUUGUGAGCUUCACUCAGUUUAGUUACCUUAUCUUCUCUCUUGCUCUCUUCUCUUUUUAUCAUCCAAAUCCACCAUUAAAGCUGGCUUCCUCAGCUUCUUACUCUCCAGGCCCAGCAUCUUCUCAAUGGAGAAAAACUCAAAAAUCCCAAAAAAACUGCAACUUUCAUGGCAUUCACAAUCAAGAAUCCCUUAAAUUAUCUCAAACUUGUUCAUUUCCGAAAACUCUGAAAUUACCCAUAAUUCAGUUGCCAAUUACUGUUCAUUCCGAAGUAGUAUCUGUAUCAACUGACGAGAAUCUCACUGAAAAUCUUGAAGAAUUGGUAAAUUUGCAGAAAAUCCCAAAUGGGCAUCCUCAGGUUUUGCGAAAAGAAUCGAAUAAAAGGGUGUUUAUUCAAGACCCACCAUGGGUUUCUUCUAUUUUUAUGAAUAGUUUGUUUGUUAGAGCCAAACAGGUAAAAGGGGUUAGAAGGGAAUUUCGAGAAAUUGAGAGGAGAAGAAGGUAUGCUAUGUUGAGGAGAAGACAAGUAAAGGCGGAAACCGAGGCGUGGGAGCAAAUGGUGGAGGAAUAUAGGGAGUUGGAUAGGGAAAUGUGUGAAAAGAAACUAGCACCCAAUUUGCCUUAUGUUAAGAAAUUGUUGUUAGGUUGGUUUGAGCCAUUGAGACAAGCUAUAGAAAAGGUGCAGAAUGCUGAGAUGACACAGAAACAUAGGGCGGCUUAUGCGCCACAUAUUGAUUCAUUGCCUGCUGAUAAAAUGGCUGUGAUUGUGAUGCAUAAGUUGAUGGGAUUGUUGAUGAUGGGUGGUAAAGGAGAAAGGUGUGUUCAGGUGGUACAAGCUGCAGUGCAGAUUGGCAUGGCAGUUGAGAAUGAAGUUAGGAUUCAUAAUUUCAUGGAGAAAACAAAGAAGCACCAAAAACAUAUGACUGGAGCUCAAAGUCAAGAAGAUAUGAGUAGGGAGACAAUGAUUCUAAGGAAACGUGUCAAAAGCUUGAUUAAAAGGAAUAGAGUAGUUGAGGUGAGAAAGCUGAUGCAAAGUGAAGAACCCGAGUGUUGGGGUCGGGACACACAGGCUAAGUUAGGAUGCCGUCUUUUAGAAUUAUUAACAGAAACAGCUUAUGUGCAACCUCCAGUGGAUCAGUCUGCUGAUACUCCUCCUGAUAUUAGACCUGCAUUCAGGCACGUAUUCAGAAUUGCUACAAGAGAUCCAGGGAAGAACAUUGUCAAGAAGUAUGGUGUCAUAGAAUGUGAUCCCUUGGUUGUUGUUGGAGUUGACAGAACAGUUAAACAGAUGAUGAUUCCUUAUGUGCCUAUGUUGGUGCCACCCAAAAAAUGGAGAGGGUAUGACAAGGGUGGAUACUUGUUCUUGCCUUCGUAUUUGAUGCGCACUCAUGGAUCUAGGAGGCAACAAGAUGCUGUAAGAAGUGUUCCCGUGAAACAAAUGCAGCAAGUUUAUGAGGCCUUGGAUACCCUAGGAAGCACUAAAUGGAGAGUGAAUAAAAGGAUACUUAGUGUGGUUGAGAGUAUUUGGGCUGGAGGAGGAAAUAUUGGUGGCCUAGUGGAUCGCAAAGAUGUUCCCAUACCAGAGUUUCACUCUGAUGAUAUAAUGGAAGUGAAAAGGUGGAAAUGGAGGGUGAGAAAAGCCAAAAAGAUCAACCAAGAGUUGCAUUCCCAAAGAUGUGACACAGAGCUCAAGCUUUCAGUUGCUCGGAAGUUGAAAGAUGAGGAAGGGUUUUAUUAUCCUCACAAUCUUGAUUUUCGAGGACGUGCAUACCCUAUGCAUCCUCAUUUGAAUCACUUGAGCUCUGAUCUCUGUCGAGGAAUCCUUGAAUUUGCUGAAGGACGACCACUAGGAAAGUCAGGAUUGCGCUGGCUGAAAAUACAUUUAGCAAGUCUUUAUGCAGGGGGCAUAGAGAAGCUCUGCUAUGAUGCACGCAUUGCAUUUGUAGAAAACCACAUUGUUGACAUAUUAGAUUCAGCACACAAUCCUUUAAAUGGAAAUAGAUGGUGGUUAAAUGCUGAGGAUCCUUUUCAGUGCUUAGCAGCUUGCAUUAACCUAUCCGAAGCUUUGAAAAGCCCGUCACCACAUACUGUCAUCUCCCACCUGCCUAUUCAUCAGGAUGGUUCAUGCAAUGGCCUACAGCACUAUGCAGCUCUGGGAAGAGAUAGUAUGGAGGCAGCAGCAGUCAAUCUAGUUGCUGGACAGAAACCAGCUGAUGUUUAUACUGAAAUUGCUUUGAGGGUUGAUCAUAUUAUCAGAGGAGAUAGUACCAAGGACCCUGCUACUGAUCCUAAUGCUUUACUAGCCAAACUCCUAAUUGACCAGGUUGACAGGAAAUUGGUGAAGCAGACAGUAAUGACUUCAGUGUAUGGUGUUACUUAUGUCGGGGCACGUGAACAAAUCAAAAGAAGGUUGGAAGAGAAGGGUCUUAUCGAUGAUGAUAGGCUGCUAUUUACUGCAUCUUGCUAUGCUGCUAAAGUGACAUUAGCUGCUCUUGGAGAGUUAUUUCAAGCUGCACGUGGAACGAUGACUUGGCUUGGUGAUUGUGCUAAGGUGAUUGCUUCAGAAAAUCAGCCAGUGCGAUGGACGACACCACUGGGGCUCCCUGUUGUGCAGCCUUACUUUAAAACUCAGCGGCAUGUUAUUAGAACUUCUCUGCAAGUUUUGGCUUUGCAGCGUGAGGGUGAUGCAGUUGAGGUCCGGAAGCAGAGAACUGCUUUUCCUCCAAAUUUUGUGCACUCACUGGAUGGUUCACAUAUGAUGAUGACCGCUGUUGCUUGCAGGGAUGCUGGACUACAUUUUGCAGGGGUACAUGAUUCCUUCUGGACUCAUGCUUGCGAUGUCGACCAGAUGAACAGGAUACUCAGGGAAAAGUUUGUGGAGCUGUACAGUAUGCCUAUUCUUGAAGAUUUGCUUGAAUGCUUCCAGGAAUCAUAUCCAGCAUUGACAUUUCCCCCUCUACCAAAAAGAGGUGAUUUUGAUUUACGGGAAGUUCUCGAGUCACCCUACUUCUUUAACUGAGAACCAAUAGCAUUGAAACAAUGAACCCCUUUCUUCAAAAUGCUAUGUUCUUGCUCUGAAACAAGCAUGAGGCUUUUAUGCGAGGAUGAUUGGUGGGACAUGUAUUCCGAUGAAACAUGAGAGCUUUAUUUCGUUCUUGUGCUGGCCCUUAUCAAGGAGUCCAUGUUUUUCGUUGCUUACUACAUAAGCUCUAUGCGCUAGGUGCCUAAAGCAAUGCAAAACAGUCAUCUGCUUAGGAACUUUGCAGUAACAUUGGCGCAUACUGCAUGAGACCAUACGCAAGUUCGAACUUCCAGCAAUGAGAAUCUUGACAACGCCAUGCAAUAUCACUGGAAGAUGUAGCAUCCAUCUCUGUCUGCUUUGGAGCUGAAAAUACACAACUAUGUACACUGUUUCAGUUUCUUGUAGGUGCUGUACAGAUAUCUUUGGAGGAAAUUGUAACUUUUCUAGUUUAGGAUUCUUGAUAUGUAUAGGUAAAGAAGCAAGGGGACUGUUGUUGGAUCUAAUAUAGGAAAAGAUAUAUCUGUGCCUUUUCAAAUUCAAUUCCAGGGCUAAAUAUGAGAUAUGUAUUACUACUAUAAUGUUUUUCUCUAUGAUCUAUUAAAUGGUACUCAUAGCUUUUAGGGGACAAGUGUCACUUUUUUAGUGUUUAUGGUUACGAAACAGGAAUUUAGGAGUAUCCCGACUUUUUGUAUGUAUUAAUUCACGAAUCUUUCAAAUAUAUGUGACCAUUUCUGUUUA